CCUUUGCUCUGUGGCAAAACCAAGCAAGAAAGAAGACGCAACAAGAGAGUGGUGGUUGUGCCGAACGAGACACAGCUGCAGCCAAACACACACGAACUGCGCACCUCCGACGACGACGACGACGAGGAGGAGGAGGAGGAGAAUGAUGGCGAUGAUGAUGGGUGGGAUGCGCGCCGCGCUGAGCCGCGCUGUGUGUGUUGUUGGAGGUAGUAGUGGGAGCGGGGCUGCUGCAGUGGCACGCGGCUUCCACAACAGCGGCAGGCCUGCGCCAGUGCGCCGCCAGCUGAGCCGUGCGACUAGGCGGUUUCAGCAGGAGCAACAACAGCAGCGGCCGAAGCAGCAGCAAACCAAGAGCGAGCCCACACCGCCCUCCAAGACGCGCGGGUCCCUCGGACGUGGCGGCCCCAUUUCUUGGAAGAGCCUGGUGGCCAUGUUGGCGCUGGGAGGAGGAGCUGUGUAUUACUUCCAGUCUGCCCGACAGCAAGCAGAGCAAGAACGCUUGAAGCGCACGACCAAGGCAGCUGGACGGCCGGCGCUUGGUGGGCCGUACGAGCUCGUUGACACAAAGGGAAACAAGGCGACCAACGAAGACUUCCUUGGGAAGUGGCACCUCCUCUACUUUGGCUUCACCUUCUGCCCAGACGUGUGCCCGGAGGAGCUGGAGAAGAUGGCCGAAAUUGUCGAUGCCAUUGACAAGAAGAAGGGCAAGGAUAGCAUCACCCCCAUCUUCAUCUCCGUUGACCCGGACAGAGACACACCAGACAAGGUGGCGGCAUACGUCAAACAAUUCCAUCCAAAGAUGGUUGGGCUGACAGGCACACACGACCAGAUCAAGCACAUCUGCAAGCAGUUCCGCGUGUACUACAGCCGGCCAAACCCUGACGGCGAAGAGGACUACCUGGUGGACCACUCCAUCAUCCAAUACCUCAUGGCGCCCGACGGAACCUUCGUUGCCUACUACGGCCAGAACACCACCGCAGAGCAGGCCACCAAGAGCAUCCUCGACCACAUGGACACAUACACCCCUCCCAGCUGAACCACACAGUGCUUCUGCCUGUUUGUCUUGUUCAACGCGAACAAUCGCAAUCCAAUCAAUACAUCUUUGCAGGGACGAAACAAAAACGAGAGGCAGUGUUGAAGCAAAGGCGAGAGGAUACAGGCG